GAGCGAUGACGCAAAGAUUUCCCCUUGGCGCAUAGAACACUACUUAAGGAUAGGUGCACAUGGGUCCAUUCUAUUCUUGAGCUAGCCAAGAUUGGAUCCAAGAAUGAUUACGGUUCAGCAGACAAGCUAUUUUCACAGGACCAUAAAUAAAGCAAUUUACCACCAUUCCUGUGAAAGGGACAAUGUGGCAACAAUUAUCAAUUAUUUAAGAUAUGCAGACACACCCCUUUAAAAUACUCUAUGCAAUUUUGCAGACAAAUAAAGGAGGUUCUUCUACAUUUAAUUCAUUCGCUAAUACCCUAAUUGUAACGUUCGGGAAUAACUAACUAGCAUUGGACAAUUAAACAACUCGUAUAAAUGCAACCAGUUAAGGUCCUGUCUUCAGUCUUCAGGUGACAAAUUUCAAGUUGAAUCGAAACCUGUAAAGGAAAUUUUCAAAAAUGAUUUUUAAGUACAUCCAAGAGCCAGUCCUUGGAUCCCUAUUUCGAUCCCGAGACUCGCUGAUCUACUUAAACAGAUCCAUAGAUCAAAUGGGAUGGAGACUUCCGCCACGAACUAAGCCGUACUGGUGGCUCUACUACAUUUGGACACUGGUGGUCUUAGUACUCGUCUUCAUCUUCAUACCCUACGGACUGAUAAUGACUGGAAUAAAGGAGUUCAAGAACUUCACGACCACGGAUCUGUUUACGUAUGUCCAAGUGCCGGUUAACACCAAUGCCUCCAUCUUGAAGGGCAUUAUAGUGUUGUUUAUGCGGCGGCGAUUUUCAACGGCUCAAAAGAUGAUGGACGCCAUGGACAUUCGAUGCACCAAGAUGGAGGAGAAGGUUCAGGUGCACCGAGCAGCGGCCUCUUGCAAUCGUGUUGUUGUGAUUUACCAUUGCAUCUACUUCGGCUAUCUAUCCAUGGCCUUAACCGGAGCUCUGGUGAUUGGGAAGACUCCAUUCUGUUUGUACAAUCCGCUGGUUAACCCCGACGAUCACUUCUAUCUGGCCACUGCCAUUGAAUCGGUCACCAUGGCUGGCAUUAUUCUGGCCAAUCUCAUUUUGGACGUUUACCCCAUCAUAUAUGUGGUCGUUCUGCGGAUUCACAUGGAGCUCUUGAGUGAGCGAAUCAAGAAGCUGCGCACUGAUGUGGAAAAGGGCGACGAUCAACAUUAUGCCGAGCUGGUGGAGUGUGUAAAGGAUCACAAGCUAAUUGUCGAAUAUGGAAACACUCUGCGUCCCAUGAUAUCGGCCACGAUGUUCAUCCAACUGCUAUCCGUCGGACUUCUUUUGGGUCUGGCAGCGGUGUCCAUGCAGUUCUACAACACCGUAAUGGAGCGCGUUGUCUCCGGGGUCUACACCAUAGCCAUUCUUUCCCAGACCUUUCCCUUUUGCUAUGUCUGUGAGCAGCUGAGCAGCGAUUGCGAAUCCCUGACCAACACACUGUUCCAUUCCCAGUGGAUUGGAGCUGAGCGACGAUACAGAACCACGAUGUUGUACUUCAUUCACAAUGCGCAGCAGUCGAUAUUGUUCACUGCGGGCGGAAUUUUCCCCAUAUGUCUAAACACCAAUAUAAAGAUGGCCAAAUUCGCUUUCUCAGUGGUUACCAUUGUAAAUGAGAUGGACUUGGCCGAGAAAUUGAGAAGGGAGUAAUUUGGCUUAUUGCCACAAAUUAGAUCCACUCAAUUUAAGAUAGUAGU